GCUGUUAGAUGAUAAUGGAUCACGAUAUUCCUUUUGACUGUGGACAGGCGACCGCUUCUUUGAGCGCACCUGAAGUGGAAUGCUGAGAGGUCGCCGCAGUUUGGCGGAAAGUUAUGACCAGAUGGAGCGCACGUCCUCGGGAGGUGUUUCCUCGGCGCAGCUUCCCAAGAACAUAAGUAAAGAGUCUCUGUCACCAACAUGAGUUGGAGCUUUCUCACUCGACUACUGGAGGAAAUCCACAACCACUCCACGUUUGUGGGGAAAGUUUGGCUGACUGUAUUAAUUAUUUUCCGGAUCGUUUUGACCGCAGUGGGAGGUGAGUCAAUCUACUCAGAUGAGCAAACAAAGUUCACCUGCAACACUAAGCAGCCCGGCUGUGACAACGUAUGCUACGAUUCCUUUGCCCCACUGUCACACGUCCGGUUCUGGGUGUUCCAGAUCAUCAUGAUAUCCACCCCCUCCGUCAUGUAUCUGGGUUACGCCAUCCAUAAGAUUGCCCGUGCCUCAGAGGAGGAACGGUGCAAGAACCAAAUUUAUCAAAAGAGGAACCACCACAGUCGGUGGAGAAAUGGACAACACCUAGAGGAGGUCUUGGAGGAAGAUGACGCCGAGCCAAUGAUCUAUGAAGAAGACACGUUGGAUGAGCAGGAGGUCAAACCAGAGACAGACAAUGGCAAAGAUCCAGUGAAGCAUGAUGGCCGCCGUAGGAUCAUGCAAGAAGGCUUGAUGAGGAUGUAUGUGCUUCAGCUUUUAUCCCGUGCCAUCUUUGAAGUGGGGUUCCUCACUGGUCAGUAUCUCCUUUAUGGCUUCCGUGUUAACCCUUCGUAUGUCUGCAACAAGAUCCCAUGUCCGCAUAGGGUAGACUGCUUCGUCUCACGACCCACCGAGAAGACCAUCUUUUUACUCAUCAUGUAUGUGGAGAGCUGUCUUUGUCUGCUGCUCAAUGUUUGUGAGAUGUUCCACUUGGGGAUUGGUGCCUUCCGUGACACUCUUCGUAAACGUCGAAGCCAUGGUCAACAACCUCCAUACGGCUACCCUUACUCCAGGAACAUUUCUAGUUCUCCGCCAGGAUACAACCUGGUGGUUAAAUCGGACAAACCGGGUCGCAUUCCCAACAGCAUCAUCCUACAGGACCAGAACAUGCCCAAAGUGGUUCCAGAACAGCAUUGCACAAGUCCUGAUGAGAAUAUUCCCUCUGACCUGGCUACUCUGCACCACCAUUUACGAGUAGCUCAGGAACAACUUGACAUGGCGUUUCAGACAUAUAACACAAAAAGUGCUCAUAUCUCCAGAGCUAGCAGCCCUGUGUCUGGUGGCACAAUGACAGAACAGAACCGGGUCAAUACAGCUCAGGAGAAACAGGGUGCACGACCGAAAGCCAGCACUGAGAGGGCAGGGACAAUAGCAAAAAAUGGAAAGACGUCUGUGUGGAUUUAAUGGUAAACACUUACUUGACUAGUCAUGAACCAUUAUCCUCAGAAAACAUAUUGUCCCAGCGAAUGAAAAUUACAGUUAGUGAGGGCAUGAUUAAACAUUAUGUACCCAAGUUCUGUUGAACAUUAAACAAUACUGAAAAAUAAAUAUA